AUGAAUCCAGUUACGCUGCUAGUGGCGGUUUUGUCGCUGGUUGCGGGGUCUGUAGAAGCUCGUAGAAGACCUCAGACUGUGGAUGUGUCGAGAUUCCCGAAUACAGAGAACCCGUUUUCGAGAACCGAGUCGCUGGCUCAUAGCAUGGAGAAGCCGUAUCUUGAUAAGAACUUCCAGAGUCGAUACUACGACUAUGGUGGUAGUACUUUUAUUCGCGGUGAUAAAUAUAUCCGACUGACACCUGAUCUGCCUGAUCAAAGAGGUUGGCUCAUGUCCAAGAUUCCUUCCAUGCCUGAUAAUUUCCAGAUUGAAGUGGAGUUUGGCAUCGAUGGUCAGGGAACUUCGAUUUAUGGAGACGGAAUGGCCAUUUGGCUGUUAAACGAACGAGUCACUCAAGAAGGGCCUGUUUUCGGUCUGCGUGAUAAUUUUAAAGGAACUGCUAUUUUCCUUGAUACUUAUAAGAACAAUGGUCCUGGAAAGGUGUUUCCAUAUGCCAUGAUUAUGCAUGGAGACGGUCAGACUAGUUAUGACCAGGCUCAUGACGGAUUGGCUAAUGAGAUUGCUGGUUGUAGUGUGCGAGGACUUCAUAACGGCCGGGAAGGCAACCGGAUUCGAAUCACCUAUGUCCAGGGUAAAUUCCUGUCUCUUGAGACGGAUUACAGAGGAAAACAUAAAUGGGAAAAGUGUUUUGAGACUAACCAAGUCACUAUUAACAAACCUGCAUUUCUGGGAUUCUCUGCUCAGACCGGCGAGCUCUCAGAAUACCACGAUAUCUACAGUAUAAAGGUGUACUCUCUGGACAACCCACCUGCCAGCUACGCCGAGGUCGACUACUAUCUCAACGGUAACAAGAAUGCACCCAUCCACGAGUCAUACUCUUCACACUCGUCAUCGUCAUCCUCCUCUUCAUCUUCCUCAUCCUCUGGCUGGGGCAGUUUCUUCCUCAAGACCUUCCUCUUCAUCCUCGUCGUUGCCGGAGGCUACGUCGGCUUCACUCUCUACCGCGCUAAACAACGUCGCGAACGUGACGCUUUCUAUCUCUAA